AUGACGUACAAUUGUCGCAGUGAUGACCAGAGCCUCCGAAUUGCAUUGUUCACACUGUGGUGCAUCCGGCCCGCCACUUCAGCGUCCAUCGCAUCGGCUGCAGUGUCAUUGUUAGGGAGCGGCCUCCUCCUCCCACUCUCCAUCUUCGAGCAUACGCGCUCAGAGCGCCCAUCUUCGCUCCUCUGCAUCUAUCUCCCGUUCGACAGUUUGUUUAAUGCAACUCAGCUGCGAAGCCUAUACAUCAGAAGAGACUUGACCACCAUAUCGACUGUCGCUUCCGUCGCGCUGGGGACCGAGACAGUACUGCUCUUUCUCGAGACCGUUGACAAACGCGUCUGGCUGUAUGAUGCGUUCCGCAACAAGUACCCACCCGAGUCCACAAGUGGCAUCAUCAAUCGCAGCUUCUUCUGGUGGUUGAGCCCCUUGUUCGUUCGCGGGUAUCGGAGAAAUCUUUCCCUCGAUGAUCUUGACCGCGUAGACCAAGAGCUGUCAGCUCGACGGUUGCAUGAUCGUAUGCAGGUUGCGUGGUCGAAGCAUCGGUCUGAGCACCGCUUCUCCCUGCUGGUCGCCCUCUUCCAUUGCCUCAAGUGGCCGCUGCUCCAGACUGUCGUCCCCCGACUGUGCCUUGUUGGCUUCACAUUUGCCCAGCCAUUUCUUAUCACACGGGUGAUCAGCUAUGUUAGCGAUGCUGGCCAGACCCAAGACAAGAGUGACGGGUACGGUUUGAUUGCAGCGACGGGGUUGGUUUACCUAGGCAUUGCGCUCUCCACAGCCCAUUAUCAACACCGUCUCUAUCGCAUGAUCACCAUGUUUCGCGGCGCCAUGGUUUCGCAGAUCUACUCCAAGACCCUGGGUCUCGCCAAGGCUCCGGAUGAGUCUGCGGCGCUCACCCUCAUGAGCACGGAUGUCGAUCGGAUCGCCUUCAGCCUGCGCCAGAUCGCCGAGGUCUGGGCGCGCACGGUGGAGCUGGCGAUGGGAUUGUGGCUGCUGGAGCGCCAGGUCGGGUGGAUUUGCAUCGGUCCCCCCAUCGCCGUGGUUGGCGCAUUCUAUGCAUCAUUGCAUGUGGCCAAGAAGAUCGGGCCCGCCCAGAAAACAUGGGUUGGCGCGGUGCAACGCCGGGUUGCUCUCACUUCCUCCCUCCUGGGGGGCAUGAAGAGUGUCAAGAUGAUGGGCUUGUCCGACCGCAUGAAUCAAGCCAUUCAAAGGCAGAGAAUUCGUGAACUACAUCUCGGGGCGAGCUUUCGGGUCUUUGGCAUUUGGCGCAACACUAUCUCAAUGAUCCCGGUCGAGAUUGGGCCAUUUCUGGUCUUUCUCAUCUAUACCGUCCAAUCCCAGCGGUUGACCACCGACAAAGCGUUUGGGACCUUGGCCAUCAUCUCGUUGCUGACGGACCCGGCCAGAGAGCUCCUUGCCUCCUACCCGACCUUGAUUUCGGCACUGGGAUGUCUCGAUCGAAUCCAUGCCUAUUUAUCCGAAGCCGACAGGGCCGAUAGUGCGCGGGUAAUUCACAAUGUAAGAAAGUCGGCCAUGUUCCUGCAGAGCCUCCCCGCAAGAUCGGCCGAUCGGCCUAUCGUCUCCUUCGAGAAAGCCGAUAUCCGACCGGCGCCAGAAUCUGAGAAUGUUCUGCACAGUGUCGAUUGGCAAGUCCUCCCCGGUUCGGUUAGCUUUGUUGUUGGCCCCGUCGGCUCGGGGAAAAGCACGCUUCUAAAAGCAAUCCUGGGUGAGGCAACCUCCACCCCCGGCAGCAUCCAGGUCAACAGCCGAGAUAUCGCAUACUGUAGCCAGAAUCCAUGGCUGCAAAAUCUCUUGUUUCGAGAGGCCAUUACCGGCCCCGGCGGUGAGUCCGAUGCAGAUUGGUACGCCACUGUGCUGAGAGCCUGUCUUCUGGAUGUCGACGUCAAGCGCCUGCCGCAGAUGGACGAUACUCUUCUCGGAGGCCGGGGCGUGACGCUGAGUGGUGGUCAGAAGCAGCGCGUUGCGCUCGCUCGAGCACUCUACAGUAGACGGUCCGUUCUAAUGCUGGACGAUGUCUUCAGCGCUCUGGACACGAAGACAGAAUCUCAGAUCGUGCAGAAUCUGUUCGCCCCGGAGGGGUUGCUGCGACGCAAUGGGUUCACAGUCGUUCUGGUGACCCAUGCCGUCAGACACCUGCAUUUGGCCGAUCAGAUCAUUGCGUUGGAUCGAUCGGGCCACAUUGCGCACCAGGGAUCCUGGACGGACUUCGCCCACCGGGGUGGACCGGAGCUGCUGCAUGAGGCGGCCAGUGCAGAUAUUGGCUUGCGGGAUCGGUUCGACGAAGCUGCCUCAAAAAGUAAGCAAAGCAAGUCGCUGCCAAAAGCACUCCGAGGACCGACCGCGACCGAUAUCAGUAACUUGAGUCGGCGGACCGGGGACCUCGCCGUGUACAAAUACUACACCCGCUCGUUCGGGUGGAAGCUCUCCUCGAUGAUGUUGCUCAUGGUGGCGCUGGUUGCCGUCACAACUUACCUUCCACAGAUCUGGUUGGAAUUGUACACAAGGGCCACCGUCAACAAUGUCGGGGUAUUUUGUGCCGUCUACGCUAUCGUUUUCAUAUACCUCAUUCCCAAGUCCGGCGCCAAUUUGCAUCAAACCCUCAUCGACACCGUGACGCGCGCUACCCAGUCGUACCUCGACAAGGUUGAUAGCGGGGUCAUACUCAAUCUAUUCAGCCAAGACAUGUCCUUGGUAGACGCCAUGCUGCCGGCCUCGAUGAUCAUCACGCUUCAAGCCCUGGCCAACGGACUGGCCCAGAUCGGCCUCAUAGCGGCAGGAUCCAGCUUCAUGGCAUUAACCAUUCCGGGACUCAUCUGCCUCGUGUAUGUGCUCCAGAAUAUCUAUCUGCGCACCUCGCGCCAGAUCCGAUUUCUCGACCUCGAAGCCAGAAGCCCCCUCUACACGCACUUCAUGGAGACACUCGAGGGGCUGGUGACGAUCCGGGCUGUCGGCUGGGAGGAAGCAUUCACUACGCGCAGCGACCACCUGCUCAACGAGUCCCAAAAACCGUAUUACCUGUUAUACUGUAUCCAGCGGUGGCUCGACCUAGUGCUGCAGCUGCUCAUUGGGACCCUAGCAGUUAUCUUAGUCACUCUGGCCGUCACCCUGCGCACGUCCAGCUCGGGCGGCCAGAUCGGUCUCGCGCUGAACAGUAUUCUCGGCUUCAACGCCACCUUCCAGAUGCUCUUCACCUACUGGACCACCCUGGAGACCUCCCUUGGGGCAAUCUCCCGCGUCAAAUCCACCGCGCAGCUCACCCCGCAGGAGACCGACGACAACCAAGACCCCCCACCCCCCACCUGGCCAAGCCACGGCGAGAUCGUCUUCCAACAAGCAACCGCCUCCUGGACCUCCGACCUGGGAGUCCCACCCUCCCUCCAAGAAGUCACCUUCACCGUCCCCGCGGGCACAAAACUAGGGGUGUGCGGACGCACCGGCAGCGGGAAAAGCACGCUUCUGGCCGCGCUCCUGCGCCUGCUCGAUCUCAACGCAGGACAGAUCCUCAUUGACGGGCACGACAUCCGCACUGUCCCGCGGACCUGCCUCCGCGACCGGAUCAUCACCAACCCGCAGGAACCGUUUUUUGUGUCUGGCUCAGUCCGCGAGAACAUGACGCUCACCCUGACCAGUGGUGGUUCCACCUUGCCACCGGGCAGCAACCACCCUGAGACAUACUCCGACCAACAGAUCCAAACCGCACUCACCCAGUCCGACCUCUGGGCUACCGUCGCCGAGAAAGCCGGACGCGGGAGAGCCCAGAAUCACGAUCACAACCCGCUGGACGCAGCGAUGCAGGACCUCGCGCUCUCCCCAGGCCAGCAGCAGCUCUUCUGCCUGGCGCGCGCGCUCCUGCGCAAGGACGCGACGCGGAUCGUCGUGCUGGACGAGGCGACGAGCGCGGUGGAUGGGGCGGCGGAUCGGCGGGUGCAGGCGGUGCUGCGGCGGGAGUUUGCGGGGCAUACGGUGGUCAUGGUGGCGCAUCGGGUGGAGACGCUGGUGGAGGCGGAUCUGGUGGCUGUGCUGGAUCGGGGGAGGGUGGUGGAGGUUAAUGCGCCGGGGUGGCUGUUGGCGAGGGAGGAGUCGGUGUUUGCGGAGUUGAGGCGGUGCGGGUUGUAGUGCGGUUGCUUUGCUAUUUGGGGGGGAGGGUAUGCCUGUUGGAGGCAAGAUGCGUGCCCAUUUUGGGAGGGGGGCU